UUCAAGUUCUCUUCUCCUUUCACCCCGCCUUUUCUUUCCAACCAUCCCCACAAUGUUACAUUUCUUCUCUAUCUCAAUCUCUCUCUCUCUCUCUCUCUCCUUCACACUUCGCCGGCUGGUCACCGGUUUUCUCCAUUCCCCUAUCACAUUCUCGACCACCCACACUUCAUUCCUCCAAUCCCGAUUAACUCCCUCUCUCACAUUAUAUUAUAUUAUAGAAUAAAAUGUCUGCUCACGGUGGUUCUUCUCGAAAGAGUGCUUCCUUGUCGAAUAGCCCUACGCGGACUAAGAAGAAGGCCCUUGAGUACUCACCUUCCGAUCCCAAUAUUCGUAAAUCAUUUCCCUCUAUGCGCACCACCACGGGAGAGCGAACUGUGAAAUCAUUGCGACUUUCAAAGGCGUUGACGGUGCCUGAAACAACAACUGUCUAUGAAGCUUGUCGUCGGAUGGCUGCUCGCAGAGUAGAUGCUCUAUUACUUACAGAUUCUAAUGCUUUGCUCUGUGGAAUCCUCACAGACAAGGAUAUAACAACAAGAGUUAUUGCUCGUGAGGUUAAUCUUGAAGACACACCUUGUUCCAAGGUUAUGACAAGGAAUCCCAUAUUUGUCCUUACUGACACUCUUGCUGUCGAAGCGCUCCAAAAGAUGGUGCAAGGGAGAUUCAGACAUUUACCAGUGGUGGAGAAUGGAGAAGUGGUUGCUAUCCUUGACAUAGCCAAGUGUUUAUAUGAUGCCAUAGCUCGUAUGGAAAGGGCUGCUGAGAAAGGAAAGGCAAUUGCAGCAGCUGUUGAAGGUAUCGAAAAACACUGGGGAGCAUCUGCCUCUGGUUCCAAUUCAUCAUUCAUCGACACUCUCCGGGAGCAGAUAUUUAAGCCAUCAUUGUCUACAGUCAUUCCUGAGAAUUCAAAGAUUGUUACUGUUUCACCAACAGACUCAGUUUUGACAACAACAAAAAAGAUGCUUGAGCUUCGUGCAAGUGCUGCUGUUGUAACGGUUGACAACAAACCUUGUGGUAUCCUUACUUCAAAGGAUAUCUUGAUGCGGGUAAUAGCACUAAAUUUCCCUCCAUCGUCAACUAUUGUUGAGAAGGUCAUGACUGCAAAUCCAGAGUGCGCAGUAAUCGAUACACCGAUUGUUGAUGCACUUCACAUAAUGCACAAUGGAAAUUUUUUGCAUCUUCCUGUGGUUGAUAGAGAUGGCAUUGUUGUUGCUACGGUUGAUGUGAUUCAUAUCACUCAUGCUGCUGUGGUGACAGCUAGUCAGGUAGGGAAUACAGUUAAUUUGAAUAAUGAAGCUGCCAACACCAUGAUGCAAAAGUUUUGGGACUCAGCCAUGGCCUUAACUGCAAAUGAUGAAGAAGAAGAUUUACAAAGCGAAACUUCCUUGAAAAUGAUUUCUGAGGGAGGAGAUACAGGGAGAUCCAUUCCUUAUAAUCCGUCAAGCAUGCAGACCGCGUUUUCCUUCAAAUUACAAGAUAAGAAGGGAAGAUUGCAUAGGUUUACAUGCGAUACUCGGAGCUUGACAGAGGUUAUAACUUCCAUCGUUCAGAGAGCUGGCGAUGAUAUUGACCCCAAGAACCUGCCCCAAAUUUUGUAUGAAGAUGAAGAACAUGAUCAAGUUGUAUUGGCUUCAGAUAGUGAUCUUGCUGCAGCUGUGGACCAUGCAAAGACAACUGGUUUGAAGGGAUUGAGAUUGCACUUAGACUACUCAGGAACAUGUGGUUAUGGAACCGAAUCAAGUUUAAGAAGUUUAGAAUAUGCUAAUUCAGAAGCAUGGGUUUCGGCCGGCCGUGCUGUUGCUGCUGGAGCUGCAAUCGUUGCCGCCUUAGGUCUAUUAGCGUUCUUCAGGCGGAGGUAAUGAGAAAAAGAGAGAAGUUUUUGUUGGGGAUAGAGGCCAAUGCUGAAGUCAGUUAGAACUUUGGAAGGGCACACUUUUUGCACUUGCCAAUCUGUAAGUUCUAACGUUUUGUGUAACAGCAUAUAAUUCAUACACAAGAAGGAAAAAAAGAGUAAAAACAUUUUUAUUUCUGUGUGUAAGUAGGGAUGCAUCAUGCCAUUAUCUCUUUUGUAUAUUUGUAAUUCAAGGUUUCACAGUCUCGUCAACUACAUAGCCAUAUGUAUCUGUCCAUUAUUUAUUACAUGUUAAUAAUAAAUCAGUCUGAUCGGGAUUAAGGAAUU